UUUUUUUUUUUUUUUAGUCUUUUUAAAGAUUUUCCUUCUUUUGUUUUUGGGGUUAUAUUCCAGAGGGGAGAGUGAAAUUCCUGGAAUCCAAACAGACCCUCGUUGCCAGUACCAGACGAGUUAUCACGCAAGCAGACUUCGGAGAUACUAUCAACUGGAUUCCUACUCACUCCGACUAUGCAGACACUACUAUUGCCAGCAGCUCGUUCCGGCAACCCCACGGCGGCGCUACCACUUCCCAGGGCGGCACCCUCGCCUUUAAACCUCCACCGCCGUCUCCCGCGUCCAUCACUCUCCUUCAACCACUCCACAGCCAAUCCCCCUUUUUCUCCUCCAAAUUCUCUCUCCUCACUUUCUCUUUCUUCCCUCAAGCCCUCUCUUUCUUCUUACGAUGCUCUCGGGCAGAGAGGAACCAGGCUUGCCUCCUCAAUUUCCCCCACUUUCCCUUCUUCCGACGAGUCCGAGAAAGCUAAACUCGCUCAGGUAGCAAAGAGAUUGGAGAAUACUUCGAGGUAUUUCAGGAGGUUGGGCAACUUAGGGUUUUGGGGACAGUUGGUGUGUACUGUUGUUGCGGCUGUGAUUCUCUCAUUUUCCGUUGUCAUCACUGGGAAGAUAUCUUCGCCUGCAACUUUUUAUUCUACUACUGGUGGAAUUGUGGCCGCUUUCAUUUCGGUGUUCUGGUCAUUUGGGUAUAUUCGGCUCUCGGAUAGGCUUCGGAAAACUGCAAGUGAGCCAUCUAAGGCUCCUCCUCGGGCUGAUGUUGUGAAAAGUUUGAAAAAUGGUAUAGUACUGAACUUAUUGGGAAUGGGUGCUGCAAUUCUUGGCAUGCAAGCUACUGUUGGAUUGUUGGUUGCAAAGGCUCUUACUACAUCAGCAAAUCCUUAUUACCAGGGUAUCUCUCCCGGGUCCAGUCCUGUUCUUGCAUUGGAUGUAUUCUUGGUGCAGGCUUCGGCAAACACUAUCCUUUCUCAUUUCUUGGGGCUUGUUUUCUCAUUGGAGCUGUUGCGUUCAGUUACACUACCACCUUCAGAAACGAUUCCAGUUCCCAAGGCUGCUUAAGCCCAGCCUGUUUGGGUUUCAACAAAAAUGUAUUACAACAUUCGUGUAACCAUGUUUUUGGAGCCAUAAAAUUGAUGAUGAGAGUAAUCUUUCGUUUCUGCCGGAGUUUGUUGUAACCGUGAAGUUGUUUAUUCAUAUUCCGAGUUUUUGCAA